AUGUACAAGCUGAUCGUGAGUACAUCAGCGGUGGCUGGAAUCUCAUUCCUUCUCGGCAAAUAUUCGAACGAUGAGAUUUUUCGAAGCGCCCAUUCGGCGACCGCCGGCGUUCAACUGGCAAGAAUUGAGGUCCCAAAUAUGGGACCUCAACUACACCAGAAGGCGACGAAUUUCGACGCCGUCUCGCGUGUACCCCAAAUCAUGAAAUAUGGCUAUCCGGGCCAUACGAAUCUCAAACAUUUCAAUGAUUAUGUGCUUUCAUAUGAUACUCGAACACGCACGGCGCACUGGGUUUGUGAGCAUUUGACGCCGGAGAGUUUGAAACGCGGCAAAGAUGUGAAUCGAGGUCUAAGCGAAUUUCAGCCGUUUCCCGAAACUCAUGAGUAUUUCAGAGCGGUGAAUGAGGACUACAAGGGCAGCGGCUUCGAUCGCGGCCAUUUGGCGGCGGCCGGCAAUCAUCGAACAUCGCAAAUCGCGCUCGACCAAACAUUUUUUCUGUGCAACAAUAGUCCGCAAGUGGGCAAGGGCUUCAAUCGCGACAAAUGGAACGAUCUCGAAAUCUAUUGCCGAAAAUUGGCGAAAAACGCGCUGAACACCUACGUCGUGACGGGACCAUUGUAUUUGCCGAGGGAGUUCGACGACGGCAAAAAAUAUGUGAAGUAUCAAGUGAUUGGCAAGAAUAAUGUCGCCGUUCCCACGCAUUUCUUCAAAGUUGUUCUUGUCGAGACCAAAUUGGGACACUUCGAAAUGGAAUCCUUCAUUUUACCGAACGCGGUGAUUCCUGAUUCGACUGACAUCGCGGAAUUCCAUGUGCCGAUCGACGCCAUCGAACGACACGCGGGAUUUUUGAUUUUCGACAAAUUUCAACGCGAAAAAUUGAAUAAGAUUAAUCGAAAAAGCGUUGGCCUCUGGCAAAAACUGAUCUCAUGA